CGCUUUCGUUUCGCGAGAUAGCGAUAACGCGGCCUAGAACGUGCGCUCAUCUCCACUGGUAGGUCGUGUAUGCCGUGUCUCAAGGUGCAAAACAGGCACGUUGGCGCCAGCCUAAUAUGACUCAUUCCGUUUCCCGGAUACAUGCAUCCUAGCUAAUGACGCAGACGACGGAAGCGAGAAGCGUUUUCGACGGAGUAAUCGUAGGCUUUGAGCUUGCGGCUUUAUUUUUUACUAGGAGGAAAACUGUUUUGCUUUACCAAGAACGCGGUGUAAGCAGCAUCCCUGUCGCGCUGGUGCCCUCGAACGGAGGAUUCAUCCGGCUGAACAACCCACAAGCUGUUCAGGCCGAGCUCCAAGCCAUGACGCAUCAUUACCAGAUGAUAAGCGAUGUCCGACAAUUUGGAAGAGGUGGGAUAGUUUGUAGGUCAUCAGAUUCGACCUGUGUUGCAGACCUCUUAAAGUGUAAGACUUUCGCAUCUGUCCCGGUGAGUGCGUUCAUUCCUCCUCAUCUGGCAUGCACUAAAGGCAUUGUCCGGGGCGUAGACUCUCGAUUGAGCCCAACUGAGACUCUGGAGAAGCUGUCUGAUGCUGGUGUUAUAGCUGUAUACCGAUGUAACCGACUCGUAAACGGGGAAAAAGUUGCCACAGAAUCGGUUAUUGCUACGUUUGCUGGCAUGUCCUGCCCAUCUGAACUAAAAGUGUGGCCGCUUAUUUUUAGAGUGGAACCUCUAGCUUCCCGUCCACUUCAGUGUCGGAACUGUUGGCGUUUUGGCCAUAGUGCAGGAGGCUGCAAAUCAAAUGGACGCUGUCGCGCCUGUGGUGACAAUCAUUCCCCCAAUGAAUGCACAGCUGAAACCGAGACGUGCUGCCUAUGUGGAGGAAACCAUGCGGCUGACUAUGGAAGCUGCUCGGCUAGAGCUAACGAAAUACAAGUACUAGAGAUAAUUGACAGGCGACGAUGUUCGCGGCGAGAAGCUAUUGCAGUCGUCAAGGAAAGAGCCUUUGGAUACGCUGGCGUCACUGCAAGGCAUUCUACUUUCCAUGAGGAUAACUUGCCUAAACUUAUUGAAUCAGCAGUAGAAAAAGCAAUGACAAAGGCUAUGCAACAUAUUGUCACAAGUGUUACCGAAUGUAUUUCACAAGUGUUUACCGCGCAGAUGACACAGCUGUUGCAAACAGCUGCCACACCAAUCACCAAAUCGAUUGUUUGUGCUGCAGAACAGGUAGCCAGUUCAGUUCUAGUGCCGAGUACCAUAUCGGACCCAACAUUUGUAGGAUCCGAUCCUUGUUCUUCGCAUCAGUCAGACUCGCAGGUCGACAUGGAAACGGGUCAUGAUAUCAGGCCGCAAAAGCGAACUGGUUCUCCAGUAACUAAUUCUUGUCCUUAUACCAAAAACAAAAAGGGUAAUCCUAUUUCUCAUUCUGGCAUCCAAGAAAGUUCAUCGCGACGGUAGUCGCUGGAUAUCAAUUAGAUCAUCACCAUAGCUUUUUUAAAAGUACUACAGUGGAACUGUCGUUCCUUGUUCUCUGCUUCAACAGACUUAAAUUACUUAACAACUGAACUUAAUCCUGACGUCAUAAUCUUACAAGAAACCUGGCUUACCCCUGAGAAAAAUUUUCAUUUUAAAGAUUUUCGAUCUUUUCGAUUAGAUCGCCUUUCACUAGGAGGUGGUUUAAUGAUUUUGUUAUCAUCUAAAUUCUGUCAUAGGGCGAAAAUAGCUUUCAGGUUAAUGUCUCCAGAAUGUGAAAUUUUGGCAGUGCACCUUAGCAUCCCAGGCUACCGCUCAUUCUCUAUUAUAGAUGCUUAUUUCCCUACGGGCGUACACAGUACAUACCAAUUGGAUAGUGCGCUUGCCAGCUGCAAAAAUGAAGUCGUCCUUACUGGUGACUUCAACUCGCAUCACGUGUCAUGGGGAUACAAAACAGAUGCAUGUGGGACACGUCUAUGGGACUGGACCAUAGAUAAAAAUCUUUCAUGCCUUAAUGUCAGACGACCUACUUUUAUCCGUGGGCAAUCUCGCUCAGUGUUAGAUUUGACGUUUUCUAGCACAAGCGUCGCCGUGACAUCUUGGACUACGAUUGAUUUCGGCACAAGCAGUGAUCAUCUUCCGGUAUACUUUGAAAUUGCAUGCCCUUUAACAUCAGUUGAACGACAAAGCAGAAUAUUUGUGAAUAGCAAAAAAUUUAAAGACUGCUUGCGCUCCACCAUUGCAUCAUUACCUAAUAGUACUAACGAAGAAAUUGGCUUGAACAUUUGUUCAGCGUUACAGAUGUCCCGACAAAAGUCUGAAUUUGUAAUUCAGACCGCUAAGCAUUCCCCAUCUAGUCCUUGGUGGAACAGUGAGUGCACAGGAGUUUAUCGACGCAGGAAAGCUGCUUGGAAAAAACUUCUACAUAAUCAGAGCCCACAAAAUUGGAAAGAUUAUCAAUUUAUUUCUGCAACCUUCAAACGUGCUAUUAAACACGCAAAAGAUGAGUACGAUAAAAACCAUUUCGAUUACCUAUCUAAAUCCAAAAACAAACGUGCUUUAUUUAAUUACCUUCGGUUUCGAAACAGACUCCCAAUGAGCGUUAAAGUAGACUCAAUCGUCGAUACCUCGCAGGAAAUGCAGGAGUCCUUAGAGCUAUUGGCUAAAGGAUUGGAGUGCCGGUUCGCAACGCGCCUUCAAGCUUCUGUCUUUACUCCUGUAUUAUCGGGCUACAAAGAGAUCUCCUAUUCGGAAGUAGCACAAGUUAUGUUGCAGUUGCCAACUACAGCGCCUGGCCCGGACGGAAUAACAAAUGCAAUGUUAAAGAUUUUCUUUCAAGAAGCGCCACGUGAGCUUCUGAACUUGGUAAACUACUCUGUUAGCAAUGCAUGGAUUCCACAAGAAUGGAAGAUCGCCAAAAUCAUUCCGUUACUUAAAAAGCAAGGGGCAGGGUACACCAUCGACAACAUCAGACCAAUUGCGUUGACAUCAAACAUAGUGAAGCUCAUUGAAAGAGUGCUUCUCGGACACAUAUUGGAGUUUAUUGUCGGAAAUCAAUUGUUGAGUCCUUGCCAAAUUGGAUUUCGAUCUGGCUAUUCGAUAUGGCACGCGCAUGUAGACCUUGAAAGUCGAAUUAACAUCGCCAGACAGAAAAAGCAGUACGCAGCUUUAGUUACAUUAGAUAUAUGUAAAGCCUAUGACAGCAUUGAACACACAAUUUUAACAGAUCGGUUACAGAGCCAUUGUUUUCCAGGCUAUAUUGUAGCAUGGGUGCAUGAAUUUUUAAAAGCCAGGGAAUUCUAUUGUUUUAGAAGCGGCUAUUCUUCUAGAAAACAUAAGCAAACAAGAGGUGUGCCUCAGGGAUCGGUACUCUCACCAGUAUUAUUCAAUAUUUUAAUGAGCACAAUCCCCGUUCACCCAGGAGUCAGUACCUACGUUUAUGCUGACGACAUUGCCUUUUUUGGUAUGGCUAGUGACAUAUACUCUCUUUACGAAAUUUUGCAGUCGUAUCUAAGGGAACUGGAACACUGGCUGGAUAGCUUACACUUAAACCUGAAUGCUAAUAAAUGUGCUAUACUUGUUUUUCCAGUUAAAGACCCAGUAUACAUAUCGCUGAACUACCAUCUCGAAGAUAUUCCACAAGCAGAGUCACUAAAGUACCUUGGAGUUAUUUACAACGGAAAUCUUAACUGGCGGCCACAUAUUGAAUAUAUUGCGACAAAAGGAGCUCGUACAAUGGGCAUUUUGCGUAAGUUAAGCAAUCGAAGAACAGGUAUGCGCAGAAAAUCCCUCUUGAUGGUAUAUAAAAUGUACGUUCGUCCGGUGUUAGAAUUUGGAUGUGUUUUAUUCUCAGGUGUUCCAUCAUACAAGCUUCGGCCGCUAGUUUUGUUAGAACGAGAGGCACUACGUCUGUGCUUAGGCCUUCCAAAAUACGUUGCAAAUGCCGUAUUAUACAUGGAAGCAAGAAUCCCACCCAUAUUAUGCCGAUUUCACCUUCUGACUGUUCAGACCUUCUUAAGACUAUAUGAAUCACCAUUAAACCGUCCUCACAUUAUUUUCAUCUCCGAUCCAGAAUUAUUUUUUCCUGUUCAUUGGCCCAGGUUUCAUAGACCACAGAUUAUAUUUGUGCAAACAUUACUUGACCCACUAAAUUUACAAAUUCGUGAUGUGCUUCCUAAUAAUACGCAUUCAAAUUACCCAGAGAUCAGGUUCGACGACAUUUUCCCGAACCACGCGAAACUACUCCCUUACAGCAUCUUAAACGCCAUGUUGCAAGACCACCUAAGCACCCUAGAAACAAACAUCAUCAUUGCAACAGAUGCCUCACAGUGCGAGGAAAAAGCUGGCAUUGGAAUAUUUUGUCCUGCGCUCGACUGGUCUUUUUCUUUAAGAUUGCCUGAUUUUGUGCAUAUUUUUCUGGCCGAGUUGUUAGCAGUAAUCCUAGCUUUACGUAAAUUAGACCCAAUGAUUACAACGGCUGCUAUUCUUACUGACUCCCUUUCUGUUUGCUCUUGCCUUACCGCUACUAAGGAGUCACCCAUGCUAAAACUCUUCCACUUACUAGUUCCUGCCCAUGUGCUAUGUAUUCAUUUGAUUUGGGUGCCUGGUCAUAAAGGUUUGUUUUAGUGAAACUGCCGAUUCACUGGCGCAUGCAUCACUAGCUGGCCCUAUUCUUCCUAUUCUACCAGUGACAGCACAGAUCACGGCGGCAAGAUUUCGGAUGAGAUCAAUUAGAUCAGCCUUAUCAAACCCACAUUUGACAGCUUCUCCAGAGUAUAAACACCUGGCAUUUCCCUGGCAUAGCGAUUCUUGUUAUACAAAGAUGCUUGAGGUCUGCCUCACCAAAUUACGCUGCCGCAUUCCCUCCCCAAAUUUCUAUUUACACAGGUCGGGUUUGGUUCCCUCUCCCCUUUGUUCUUUUUGUGAGGAGGAGGAGACGAUACAGCACUAUCUUCUAUCUUGUCGCCGCUUUGCUGCGUUAAGAAAAAGAUUGUUGGAGAUGCCAUUUAGAAGAAUUGGCCUGGAUUUGACAGAACCUGCAAUUCUUUCGUUCGGGGCGUCCACUUUGGGUUUCAGCCACAGGGAUGCAUGCUUCGCUGUCCAAACAUUCCUUACAGAAUCUAAACGAAUGCCCUGCUAAAUUCUAUUUUUUAUUAUUACUUUUAAAUUAAUUAUUUCUCAUUCAACAGCACCUUCCUGAUUUUAUUUUAGCCGGUUAUUCAACCCUAUUCAAUGCUAUUCCCAUAGAUAAUAGGAAAUUUAUGCUAUAAAAUAUUUUGGAAUAAUCCAUCCAUUUCUUGGCCAAUCCCCCAUCGUGGGUAGGAGCCACACGUGCCACAGGCUACAACAACAACAACAACAACUUCACCAUCAAUCUCGGUCCUUAAAUAAAGCCUGUUUAACUUUAACCGUAACAGUUUUGUGGUGGAGGUGCGGGGUACUUCGACCAAGACGACGGAGCUGCUGCAGCAAGUGCCACGCAGGAGCCGACGCCUCGCUCGACUGCCUCCAACACCACUUGAGAUCCCGAUGUCCCACAACAGCGACGAACAGCCUUCUCUGGCUGCUCCAGUGCGAACAACCGGCGCCUGGAUGCAUCAGAUGGAGCCCCGCCCUUUCUCAGGAAAAUUCGGCGAGGACGUGAAGGAAUGGCUCACCCACUACAAGCGUGUGAGCAAGUACAACGGCUGGAACGCCACGGCUCAGCUCGACAAUGUGGUUCUGUUCCUCACAGACACUGCGCUCGUGUGGUUCGAGAACCAUGAAGAUAUCUGCACAACGUGGGACAGCUUCGUUACUCACCUUACCGAGUGCUUCGGCGAUUCCACCACGAAAAGGAAGCGGGCGGAGCAGACAUUGCUUCAGCGUGCUCAAGUCCCAGGUGAGACCUGUACUACGUACAUUGAGGCAAUCCUGAAGCUUUGCAGAACGGUCAAUCCUCGAAUGUCCGAAGAGGACAAGGUUGGACACCUUCUCAAAGGCAUAGCCGAGGAUGUGUACAAUUAUUUAAUCGGAAAGGAGAGUCUCGCCUCGGUCGCCGACCUCAUCAAGCAUUGCCGCACAUUUGAGGCCUUGAAGCUGCGCCGUAUCACGCCUAAGUUCGGCAGGUUGACAAAUGUCACAACGGUGGCAAGCGUUGAAGACAAUGACAACUACAGUUUUCAAUGUGACCUUGCGGCAACUAUAAGGCAAAUUGUCCGCGAAGAACUUGAAAGACACACCAAAGGGGCGGAUGUCGAACUGCUUGGCUGGGCUCCCAACCAACCUCAAGAACAUGCAUCUGCUGUGUCCGCAUUGUCUGCCAUGCCAGGCGUUGCAGAGUGUCGAGUCGAUCAACUGCGACAGCACCGACGUACCUUUCCCGACGACGCGAUGCACGAUCAACGAACUCGUCGAGCUACCACCACGAAUCGGAAUUCGGAAGAUCGCGUUUAUUAUUCUCAGCGUCCCAGGGUUGACCCCGAGGUUUACAACGUCGGUCGCGCAUCGCCUGUGUGUUACAGCUGUGGCGCCUCAGGACACAUUGCUCGUUUUUGUCGCCGGCGCCGACAGACAACAAGAUAUGGCCCACCACCAACUUGGCCUAAUUUUGAACGUGACAGUUAUGACGACCGUUGGCCGACAGACCCUGAUAGUGCAAACGCCACAGGCGCGCCACCCCGGAAUACCUUCCAUCAAUAUAGUAGAAGGAGUGGCUCGCCAGCUUCAGACCGCAGCCUGACGCCCCCAACCAGUCGCCAACGCCGUUCACCGUCACCACGGCGACGUGCUGCGUCACCACAGCCGUCGGGAAACUAGCCGGCGCGGCCGAUGGAGGUAAGGUCGCCGGACAGUCUGCGUCUCUGCGAAAUACUCCUCUGCCUAUUAUGAUGGUGAAGAACAAAGUGCGUGUGUUAAUUGAUAGUAUACCUGCAACAGCAUUAGUGGAUACUGGUGCUACCGUUUCCGUCAUGAGUGUGACUUUCAAGGAGAGGCUGGGUCGGAAAGUUAUGUUCCCGUGGAAUGAUGGUGUGACGUUUCGUGGUGUCAGUGGAGAGUGCCUAGUUCCCCUUGGUAUUUGUGUUGCAAGUGUUUUAUUCGGAGGAGAAGAUCUUAAAACAGAAUUUCUCGUACUACCGCGAUGCACUCAUGAUGUGAUUCUCGGGAUUGACUUUCUUCAGGAUUGUGGUGCAUCCGUUAACUGUGGCACAGGCGAAAUUACUUUGAAUAGCGCGCUUCUCGCCACCCUUGCCGACACAUCCUUACCAGUGAAAAACUAUUGUGUUGUUUCGAACGAUUUGCUGAUACCGCCUUGGUCGCUCUCCCGUAUCCCUGUCAAUUUCGCUGCUGCCGACCUUUCAUCGUUUGACGCGCAAGUCCAGCCACUUACGUCGAGCUGCGCAAAGAAAGAUGUACUUGUACCACGCUCUGUCGUGAGAGUAGUGGAUGGCACCUCAAAUUUGUGGGCUUUCAAUUGUUCUUGUGUCCCUGCCGUUCUCCCGCGUGAUAUGAAGCUUGCUGAAUUUGACGAGAUUACUUAUAGCUCCAUUACAGUUCUAAGCGAGGAGGAGCAGUCUCAUACUAGCGAUCCCCAACGAAACAUUUCUGAAGAGCAGAUCCUACGAAUGAUCAACAAGGCACUGCCCUCACAUGAGCGCCGCGCUCUCGCACAAGUAUUGUGGGCACAUCUUUCUGUGUUCGAUUUCACACAAGGCGACAAGCAGGCUUCACUCCCGCGUUCUCGUGCUCGCCACAGAAUUGACACCGGAUCUGCGCAUCCCAAUCGGCAAAAGCCUUACCGCGUUUCUGCAACAGAGAGGACAGUUAUUGCUGAACAGGUGAAAGACAUGCUGCGGAAAAGUGUUGUUCAAGAGUCCUCUAGUCCGUGGGCAGCACCAGUAAUCUUAGUAAAGAAGAAGGAUGGAUCGUGGUGGUUUUGCGUUGAUUACAGGAAACUGAAUGCAGUCACAAAAAAGGAUGUGUAUCCACUUCCUAGAAUUGAUGAUGUCAUCGAUUGUUUACAUUCCGCUGCCUACUUUUCAUCACUGGAUUUGCGAUCAGGGUAUUGGCAGAUACCCAUGCACCCAGACGAUAAGGAGAAAACGGCCUUCGUGACACCAGAUGGUCUUUAUGAAUUUAACGUUAUGCCGUUCGGCCUUUGUAACGCGCCAGCAACAUUCGAACGAUUCAUGGAUACUAUCCUCCGAGGACUUAAAUGGGAAAUUUGUUUGUGCUACCUCGAUGAUGUGGUGAUUUUUGGCAGCACAUUGACUGAGCAUAACAGCCGUCUCAGUCUUGUUCUGGAUUGUGUCAAACAAGCCGGCUUGAUACUAAAUUCCAAGAAAUGUCGUUUCGGGGAAACGGAGACGUUAGUACUUGGGCAUCUGGUCGACAAAAACGGUGUGAGGCCAGAUCCACGGAAGAUUGAGGCAGUCAGCUCCUUCGAAGCACCGAAGUCAGUGCGGGAGUUGAGGAGUUUCUGGGCCUGUGCUCGUAUUUUCGGCGCUUCGUCCCAAGGUUCGCUGACGUGGUGUAC